CACACAGGUUAAGCCUCUCACUGCAGGUAAACUACUCUUCCCUUUGACUAACUAUGGAGCUGCCAUCUUUAUUGCUUUGUAUACUGCUGGAAGUCCUGGCUGUAAACUGUCAGAACAUUGCAAAGGAACGUAUAGUGGGAGGAUAUGCACCGGUUCCACAUUCAAUCAAGUACAUUGUGUCGAUACAGACGGUGGAACGCCAGCACCUCUGCGGGGGCUUCGUGAUUAAUAAGUACUGGGUAGUCACAGCAGCACACUGUAACAUCGGGCUGAACAAAAUGAUGAUAGUUGCAGGAGACUAUUCUCUGGCUGUUUAUGAGGGCACGGAGCAGGAAAUCCUCCCCCACCUUUUGGUGCCCCAUCCUUCAUACAACACCACCACCAGCAACUGUGAUAUUAUGCUUAUUAAGCUACGGGCUCCAAUCUAUCUGAACAGCUACGUCUCCAUUGCUCUGCUGCCCAGACAGGGCGCCACCAUAGCAGAGGGCAGGCUGUGUCGAGUGUCAGGCUGGGGCUACACAAAUCCCAGCGGAGGCCAGAUCCCCUCCACCCUCCGAACUGUAAUGCUCCCCAUUGUCUCCACAACAAAAUGUAACAGCAGCGAGUCGUUCAGCGGCAGCAUCACAGAAAACAUGCUGUGUGCCGGUUACACUAUUGGUGGAAAGGAUGCCUGUCAGGGGGACUCAGGUGGUCCACUUGUUUGUGAUGGCCGGGUCUACGGUGUGGUGUCCUGGGGGAGAGGUUGUGCCGAUGCUCAAUUUCCUGGAGUCUACACUGCCGUGUCUAUGUUCCGCAGGUGGAUAGACAACACAAUAUUUAGCUACUACAGCAGAUGUAACAAGAAUUAGAGCCCACUGCAACUCGGUCAAGACCUGAAAAAGGAAUAUUUAGGAAAAUAUUUGAGUUGGUUUCUCGCUUACAUUUGGAUAAAACGAUUGGGUUCA